AUGUUUCUAAAUGAAGAAAGAAAGGUCAAUCUGAAUGGAUCGGUUUUGCUGUUCUCUUGUUUCUUUUGUGCUGUCUUUGCAACCAUUCCACUAAAUCCACUAGCUACGAAACAAUCCACCAACGCAGUGCCUUGUAACACUCACGGUUCAAGGGUCGCUAAGGCAGAUGGUGUGGACGCUAAGCUCUCGGCCGAGCAAAGAUUCAUGCGGGACCGUCCACCAAGCUCUUACUGCGUGCGGAUCGAAGGGUGCAGCGAACUAAUCACUAAAACUCCAAACGUAGAAAAGUACGAGACCCGUCCUUUCAGUGUAGGAGGAUUCAACUGGACUUUUAUCAUCGAACCGUUUGGGAGCACGACUAACUUAGGGACGUGGAUAUCUGCAUAUGUUGCAAUAGAUCCUAGAGGUCUAGUUGGCGAAAACCGGGAGGUUUAUGCAGAUCUCAGGUUUUUGGCAUACAGCAAGACUUUCGAUCAAUACUGGACAUCUAUGGAUACGGACAUCAGGCGUUUCCAUCAGUUCAGGACAACUUGGGGAAAUCCAAAUUUCAUCCGACGUGUUGACUUUAAAGCUAAAGAUAGAGAGUACAUUUUCGACGAUGACCAAUGCGUGUUUGGUGUAGACAUCUCAGUGUAUCCUCUCUUUAACAAAUGGGAGGUCUUGUCGAUCGAUAAGACGGUCUAUGGGCCUAACUCGUGGAAGCUUCUGAAAUUCUCAACAUUGACCAGAGAUUUUUACGUAUCAGACGAAUUCUCCAUUGGAGGAAAUACAUGGGCAUUUAAGGUGUAUCCAAACGGUUAUGGCACAGGAGAAGGAAACUCGUUGUCCCUUUAUCUGACACUAACUGGAAACCAAACCUUGAAACCUUACGAAAAGGUUUCUGUCCGAGCCAAGCUGCGAGUUCUUGACCAAAAACAAUCAAGACAUCUUGAAAAACCAAUUCUAUCAUGGUUCAACGCCACAGGAGAAAGUUAUGGGUUCGAGAAGUUUGUGUCUUUGAGUGAUCUCCAAAAUCCAGCCAAAGGUUUCAUCGUGAAUGAUUCUCUGUCCGUACAAGUUCUAUUCGAGGCUGUCUCAUCAACUAAUUACUAUUCUAGCAGUGCUGCUCAGCUUACGAGUAGUUUCUAAAUGUCUACAUUCUCGAAUCUUUUAAUAAGAGGCUUUGCAUGUAUACAA